AUGGUCAGUCAGGCAACCAUGCGAGGCCAGCGUGUGGUGGAGAGCGAGUACAGGUGUUGGAACCCGGCCGUCUGGCUCCUGGUGUCCUUGUUGGGAUCCCUCGUCCUGGUGACCCUCAGUGUGCUGCUGCGACUCGGAGACUUGAAAAUAAACAGACGGGCUGUAUCCACCAAUACCGUGCAAUCCCCCGAGAGGACGCAGUACCAAGUGCAACUGGUGAAUGGACGAAAUAGGUGUGAGGGUCGCGUGGAGGUGCGCUACAAUGAUACAUGGGGCACAGUGUGUGAUGACGACUGGGACAUGGUGGAUGCCAAAGUGGUGUGUCGGCAGUUGGGCUGCGGAGUGGCGGUGGCGGUGGGCAGCAGCUCUCAGUUUGGUCAAGGCUCAGGGCUCAUCCUGCUGGAUAAUGUGGACUGCAAAGGAAGUGAGACAGACCUCAGUCAGUGCAACAGUCUGGGCUGGGGCAUCCACAACUGUUACCACUAUGAGGACGUGGCUGUUACAUGUAGAGAACCAUCAGUGGUGGGGGCAAAAGGUUUCGGGGCUCUCACCACGCCGUCCUCCAGGAAUGCAGGUUUAGGAGAUGGCACCGUUCGUCUGGUGGGUGGACUGAACACGUGCCAGGGUCGGGUGGAGGUCUACUACCAGGGAAGCUGGGGGACGGUGUGUGAUGAUGACUGGGGCAAUAUCGAUGCUGAGGUGGUGUGCCAGCAGAUUGGCUGUGGCCACGCUGUCUCGGCACACACCAACUCCUACUUUGGCUACGGGACAGGCUUAAUUCUUCUGGACAAUGUCAACUGCCAUGGCAACGAGCAGCAGCUGUCUAAAUGCAGUAGCCUGGGCUGGGGAAACCACAACUGUGGCCAUCAUGAGGAUGCUGGGGUCACCUGCACUGCAACAACUGAGGAAGUUGCAGUCACCCAAAGUACAACAACUGUUACCACAACUGCCCAGACAAAAGGCAAGCUAGCCAUUCGUGUGGUGAAUGGAAACAGUAGCUGCCAGGGUCGUGUGGAGGUCCUCUACAAAAAUGUUUGGGGCACGGUGUGUGACGACGAUUGGGACAUGCCCAAUGCCAACGUGGUGUGUAGGCAGCUUGGUUGUGGUUUGGCUAUCGCAGCCAAGUCUAAGGCAUACUUUGGCUAUGGUUCGGGUCCUAUUCUGCUCGACAAUGUGGAAUGUAAUGGCAACGAAGGGGAGCUGUCCCAGUGCUUCCACCUGGGCUGGGGUCAGCACAACUGUGGCCAUCAUGAGGAUGCUGGAGUUAUCUGUGCACCUUUUAUGCUCAACAUGGGACUUGCGCGUGACUUUAGAGUAACAGAAAGGAUGCCCACCACCACCCCAGCACCCACUGAAGGAACGGUGAGGCUGGUGGAUGGCCAGCACAACUGUGAGGGUCGGGUGGAGAUGUACUCAAAUUCUGGAUGGGGCACAGUGUGUGAUGAUGCUUGGGACCUCCCUGAUGCACAGGUUGUAUGCCGUCAGCUCGGCUGCGGGGAGGCCAUGGCGGCUCGGGGACAAGCUUACUUUGGGCCUGGCACAGGAACAAUCCUGCUGGACAAUCUCAAGUGCAGCGGUACGGAGGCCUCCUUGCAGCAGUGCUCCCAUAUAUCCUGGAACGUGCACAACUGUGACCACUCUGAAGAUGCUGGCGUCACCUGCUCACUGUCGUGA